AUGGCAGACGAAAUGCCAAAUGGGGGAUCGCCACUCCCCAAACCCAAUGCCACCAGCAAACCAUCUGAGCAUACCAUGGACGACGAGCAAUGGAAGCACCGUCCACCAUAUCUGAUUCAAUCGCCAGAGGAAUUUGGUCCGGCAAAGUGGCAAGCAAAAUGCCAGUGUGGUCAAGUCUCCUAUAAGAUUAGUCGAGACAAGCCGCUCAAGGCCAAGUACUGUCAUUGUCGAGGUUGCCAAGUCAUGCAUGGAGCUCCUUUCCAAUGGGCUGCAAUAUUCCACAAGUCUGAUUUAACGUUCGACAAGGGAGCCGCUGGUCUCUCGUUCUAUUCUUCCGCUCACAGUACGAGAGAAUACGAGGUCCCGACAAAAGUAUCAUGUUCAUUCUGUCGGACUCCCCUCAUGGACGAAGGACGAAAUGUAUGCCUCAUUUUCCCAGAAUCCAUUGUCGCUGGUGAUUCAGAGGAGGACCGCCAAAAGUGGAGGGAGGCUUUCGCACCUGAUUGUCAUAUUUUCUACGGCAAACGUUGCAUAGAUAUUCUAGAUGGCAAGACUAAAUGGUCAGGAAUGGAUGAAGAUAGUGAGCUGCUGGAUGACUAUGUAUCUACUCCUAGAUUUUUCCUGAAUGAUAUCUUCAAGAUAGUUCGUGUCUGUAUCUAUACAUCCAUCCGCGCGGUCUGCUACCCUCAAGCCCAGAAGCCAAUGAACGGCAUUGACGAGAGCAUGUUCCUCUAA